AUGAUUUUCAAUGUAAUUGGUAAAAGAAAAAUUACAAGAAGAAAUAAUGGUGUAAAUUUAAUCAAUCUUUAUUCAUUAGUAUUUAUUUUAUCUAUCUUAUUAAUUAAUUUUUCUAAUGCUACAACAUUAUCUUAUUCAAAUAGUAUUGAUAAUGUUAUAGAAGAACAAAAGGGGUACACUAAUUCAGAUAAAUUAAUAACUGAAAACAAAGAUCUUGAUAAUAAUGCAAGUUUAAUCUCACAGAAAGAAGAAAAUGAAAGUGAAACUUCAGAUCCAAAUAUUUCAGAAGAUAUUAAGAAUAAUGAUGAUGAAUAUAAUAGUAAUGAUGGUGAUUCUGAUGUCAGUGAAGAAAUUGAUAAAAACGUAAUGUUUGAUCAUGGAUAUUUGAAGGCUGUUAAUAUUGAUAAUUUAGAGGAACAAUGGGGUACACAUGAUAGGCCUAAAGGGAAUCCUAGUAACUUUGUUGCAACAAUUUCUGAAGUUUUUAACGAUAGAAAGUCAUUUGCUUGUCCUAAAGUUAAAGAAAGAUUUAUUACUGGUACAAGUGUUGAAAAUAUUUCUCCAGAAGAUAUAGGUAUAAUUGCCAGUUUAGGAGAUAAUUUAGCAACGGGUUAUGGUUUAUGGCCAGGAAGUUCUAUUGAUUUUAGAGGUGCAUCAUUCUCAUCAGGUGGUGAUACAUCAAUUGAUGGUUUAGUAACAAUUCCAAGUAUAAUUCAAGAAUUUAGUAAUCGAGAUAUUAUUGGUGUAUCUCAUGGUCUUGGAUCAAAAGAUCAAUUACCAAAAAGUCAAUUAAAUUUAGCUCAGAUAAAUACAAAUUCUGGUGAUUUACCAAGACAGGCAAGAGAAUUAGUUGAAAGAUUACGAAAAAUAAAAGAUGUUGAUACUUAUAAUACAUGGACAAUGGUUAUAAUAACAAUUGGAACUGAUGAAGUAUGUAAUUUUUGUAGAGGUCCUAAUACUGAUGCUCUUAAAGAAGCUAUUGAUAUAUUAAAUAGAGGUAUUCAUAAAGCAUUAAUUAUUAUGCUUGGUCCUGUACAUGUAACUUCAAGAACAAGUUUAAGGGAAAAUUUAUUAAAAGAUCGUUGUAAUUGUUCAAAGGAAAAGAAUGAUGAUUUUAUGAAAAAAUUAUCUAAUGCAUGGAUAGAAGGUUUUCAGGAAGUUGAGGAACGUGUAUAUUCAUAUAAAAGAAGUACCUUUACAUUACUUCAAUUACCAAUAUUUACAAUAACAUCAAGAUAUCCAUUUUCAUUGUUUAUUAAAAAUUCUACUAAUCUUAAUAGGCGUGGACAUAAUUAUGCAGCAAAAUGGUUAUGGAAUCGUUUGGUGACAGGACCAAGUUAUAAUAUAACACAAGUUUUAUCGCAAGAUUCAUAUUAUUGUCCAGAUAGUUAUUGUCCAUUCUUUAGGGUACCUGAAAAUUUUGGUAAAUGUGUUGCUAUAAGAAAAGAAGAAUAUGAAAAAAAUCCUGAAUUUUUUGAGAAAACUCUUCAUAAGGGUAAAAAGAAAAAAUUAAAAUCAGAAAUUUAUAAACGUACUGGUAUAAUUUUAUUGGUGGCAGCAACUGUUGUCACAUCACUUUCAAUGAUAUUUUAUAAUAAGAGUAAACAAAUUAGUAAAAAAAAGGCAGAAAAUAAGACAGAUACCAAGAAAUUGUCAGAAGAUGAUACUACCAAAACACCAAAUACAGGUGAAUCUGCUGGUGAUUACUUAUUGGUAAAUAGUGUAGAAAAAGUUUAG